UGAGGAUUGAGGGGCGGUUAUCAAACCUCUCUGACCUUCACGAGGGAAAACAAUUUGUUUAAAUCAGAAGUAAAAUAACCAGUAACAUGGGACAAUAUGGGUAUGCUGCUUCUUUCACGGAUCAGUGGGGCUUGGAUCACGUUAAUAACCCACCAAAGAAUCCUUAUCUUGGUUACAACCAUCCAAAAAGUCAUCCUUAUCCCCAAAUUGUACCUGGAUCUUCAAAUCCACCAUUUCCACGUCCUGGAAAUCAACGUCUUGCUGCUGCUCAUCCACUACCUCCAUCAUCACCACCUUCAUUUUUCGUUGCAAGAGGAUUUCAAAGUUCCAAUCAACAAGAAUCAAAUCACAAACUACAAGCAAACCAUAUGAGUCGACAUUCAAUGCCUAUGCGUUCUUCAUCUCCACCUCCAAGAAGUCGCUUGUCGCACAGCGGUCGGUCUGCGUCACUUGUUCGAUAUGAAUACAAUCAAUACGGUAAUUGUGAAGAGCAAAUUGUCUAUGACGAUGCUAAUCAGCCAUCAAAUUUGGAUCGUUCACCGUAUCUACGUCGUCAUGGUUCAAAUGCUACACGACCAUCUUUAGGAAGACCAACUCUCAGAGAUAGAUCUCUAGAUAGACAUCCAUCUCAACGGCCUGAAGGAAUGCCUAGGUUACAGCCUCCAAACUAUGAAAUGAGAUCUUUUAUGCCAAUGAGACGAGGUGAACCAGUUGGAGAUGAUGUAGAGAUGGAUAAUCUUCGUCCAAGAGCUCGACGAUCUUCAUUGGAAAGAUCCUAUUCUAGAGGAGAAGAUUCUUCAAAUCAUCAUGGUCUUCCUCAUUCUUCUGAAAGACCAUCGAGACAGUUUCCAAGUUAUGAUAUGAAGACGUUUGCAACUCCAAGACGAGUUGAACAAGAAGAUGGUGUAGAUAUAUUUGAAUAUGGUCCAAGAGAAGUACGACGUUCAUUUGAUAGACCACCUUCUCACAUGGACGAUUCUCCUUUGAGCUAUUCUGUUCAUCGUCAUUCUGAAGAGAAACGAAGAUUACAGCCACCAAAUUAUGAAAUGAGAUCAUUUAAUACACCGAAACGAGGUGAAUUAAGAGAUCCAAUGGACGUAGAUGUAUACGGGGUCAAUCAUCCACGGUCAAUACGUGACGUUCCUAUGAAUUACGAUAAUCGUGAUGAGAGGCCUAAAUUUCAGUUUCCAACUUAUGAUUUGAAGGCAUUAGUUACUCCUAGACGUGGUGAACAAGACGAUGGUAGGAUUCAUCCUGAUAUGUAUGGUUCUUACAGACCCCGACCCCCUCCACCACCACCACCUUCAAUGCGUACUUCACACGGUGGGCGUAGAUCCAUGACAACAGAGAAUCGUCAGUCUCCGCCACUACCAGCUAUUCCUCCUGUUCGUAAAUCGAUGGAAAAUCGUAGUGGUGAGAAAAGAACAGUACCGUUGUAUUUCUUAAAGAAACCCUUUGACAAAAGUACUAGAAUUUUAUGUGCUAAAGAUAGAAUUGAUAGAGCUAAACAAGGCAUAAUUAUUCGAAGAGUACGUCCACAUCGUAAAUAUUGCGAUAUUUGUGAAAGACGAUUUACAACGAGGUUGAAAUUGGCCAAACAUUUACAGUCUGAACCUCAUAAUAAGAAUCUAAAUUUGUUUAAAGAAACAAUCGCUAAAAUUAAACAAGACGAAGGUGAUGAUUCCUCCACACUAAAUGACUGUUAUGAAGGGAAAACUCCUAAAAUCUAUUGUGGUAUAUGUAAAGAAACAUUCAUCAAUAAAACACGUUAUAUGGAACAUUUAAAAUUCAGACGACAUAAAGUUAAUUCUCGAAUUUAUGAGGUAUAUAAAGCAAUAAAAAAUAAUACAGAGGAUAAAACUAUAAAACUACCAUCUGAUGAUCCAUUAGAAUCAUUUUGUCUUUAUAUGAAUUCAGAUGCGCAUACUACUUUGUUUGGUGAGAAAGCGGAGGAAACUACCAUUACUACUACUAGUAGUGAUAAUAAUGAUAGUAAUACAGUGUCUUCUACUGUUCCAGAUUUCUCUAAACAAAAGAUAUUCAUGCGUAAAUAUUUAGACUUAAGACAUUUAUUGUAUGAAGAACCUGGUCCCGCAGGUGAAGAAUACAUAGACGAGUUGGAUCAAUCAGCGGUAAAAGAGAACAAACUAUAUUGUUGCUCACUUUGUAAUAUGAAUAUAUCCGGUGUGGAUAAGUUAGAAAAUCAUUUACAUAGUGUUGCUCAUCAAGAACAGUAUAAAUCACGUGUUGAUCCACAGUGGAUUGUUCAAAAACCUGUUGCAUUAUUAUCAUUCAAUGAUGUAGUCUUUGAUGUUUGGAAAGCUUGUAGAGAUAAACAUUCAAGAGAUAUGCGAACUGUCGAACGAACUAGUGUUAAUCUACAAUGUGUAUGUUCUUAUGACAUCAAAACUUUUGAUCAAUUUAAACAACAUUAUCCAAAAAUAUUUCCACAAAAUAUUGUUGUAAAAGAUUCAGAUAUGCAUGCUGCAGCUGAGAAUGCUCGAAGAAUUCGUAGUUAUAGAAAUAUUUUCCGUGAAUGCAUUAAUAUAUUGAAGUUGUUCACUUUACCGAGUGAGACCAUUGCAGCGAAACGAGCUUAUGCAAUGAAAGCAGCCAAAGCCAGAAGUUUUAAUAAUAAUAAUAAUAAUAAUGCUAAAGUGUCAUCAUCACCAACACGAUCACCCCCACUGACGACGACAACACCAACUGAACCAUCUCAUUUGGACAAACCAACUCUGCAAUCUUCUGCCAUAAAAGAGGAAAAUAAGGAGAAAGAGGAACCUGUUAAUUCGUCAAUGGAUACUAGUCUUGCUGCUCCUCCGGCUACCGUUGCAGUCAUCACUACUCAAUCCGAAUGAAUGGUAUACAUGAAAACUGUUCAUCAAGCAGACAUGAAAUUUCUCUCUCUGGGUCUCGCUUGUCUUUUUGUAAUGAGUGUUGAAUGGACAGUAAAUUUAUACCUGUGCAUUUAUGUUAUUCACACUGCUAAAUUGAUUAUUCCUAGCGUUUGUGGCAAUAAUAAUUAUUAUGGUUAUUAA